AUGUGCGUUUUUCAUAAUAUCAAAGUGAUGCUGUGGCUAAUGAUUGGUGCGUUAGUGGUGAUGCCGUUUGUCGUGCAGGGGGGGCACGCAGCGGGCCACUUCUUCAGCAAGGAUGCAAAUCUUGACUCUGCCGCUUUCGAACACCACAGUCUUCAGCGCCUCUCGCCCGUGCCCCAUUUCAUGAGCCCUCAGCGACCUGGGAAUGAAAACUUCCCCUCCAGUACGGUGGCUGCCCCCGUUGCGCAGAACGUAGGGCUGCAGUAUCCGCCGUGGUAA